AAUAGCAAGAUUAACGAAAGAUAAAUAUAGUUAAACGAAUGGAAACGAAGGCUAUAUUGGGCAAAACUCAAGGACUGGCUACAACUAGAAGAGAAUAACUUCAUCACGCAGCACAAGACGUUUAAACAAUUGGCUUCCUUUUCGAUCCGCACCAGCACCACCGCGAUCAAAGUUCCACCUUUGGGAAGGAGAAGAAAAUUUUGGUUAAAGAAGGAAGAGGAGGUGGGAAACCAUGAUCGGGGUCGGGAAGGCCAAGCAGUACUCGAAUGUUCUUGACAAGCCCCUCAGCAAGGGAAAACAAGAGGUCAGCUUGAGUGCUUUUGCGUUCUUGUUUUCAGAGCUUGUGCAGUACAAUCAGACUCAAGUUGACAACAUUGCUGAGUUAGAACGGAGGCUGGAGGAUGCAGGCUAUUCUGUUGGUGCUCGAGUUCUAGAGCUCCUUUGCCAUAGAGAUAAGGGAAACAGAAGGGAGACACGUUUGUUGGGUAUUCUAUCUUUUGUUCACAGCACAGUAUGGAAGGUGUUAUUUGGGAAGGUUGCCGAUUCACUUGAGAAAGGCACUGAGCAUGAAGAUGAGUACAUGAUUAGUGAGAAGGAGCUCCUCGUGAACAGAUUUAUUUCUAUUCCAAAAGACAUGGGCACAUUUAAUUGUGGGGCAUUUGUUGCUGGAAUUGUAAGGGGUGUUUUGGAUAGUGCUGGUUUUCCAGCUGUGGUGACAGCUCAUUUUGUACCUAUAGAGGGUCAGCAGCGACCUCGUACAACCAUUUUAAUAAAAUUUGCUGAAGAGGUACUAAGAAGAGAAGCAAGGUUAGGUUGAGUGUGUUGAAGAUUAUCAUUGUCUUUAUAUGCCAGUAGUUGUUUUCAUGGCAAAAAAGGAUGUUGAAUGUUUAUUUUUAGCUAGUGAUUAUCAAAAGCUAAUUGGGUUUUUCUUGUCAAUCAUGUAUUGAUCAUAUUUUAUGACAAAUUCAAAUAUCAAAAUUUAUUUACUUUACUA